UUGUGUUUGUGUGUGCUGAUGUGUUUGUGUAAGCUUUUUGUGCAUCUUGAUCUUCUAGUUCAGAAAAGGGCACUCGUCUACAGUUCCAGAUCUUUGGUUCAGACUCUGAAACUUUUAUUUCUUAUCAACUGCUUCAGGUGUCAGUGAGGCCUUUGGCCCAAGGCUGGUGUCGGUUACUACAAACACCGUGGAUAACGGACCCCUUUUUGCAUUCACAUAAUCCCAAAAAUUGGGGAUAAAAAAUGGAGAACAAGACAUCAGGAAUUAGUGAGGAUCUCCAUGUCAUCUGCAGCAUGUCUGGACACCACAGUUUCAUCUUCACCUUCAUCCCUGUGGUGUAUGGAUGUAAUUUUGUCAUUGGGAUCUUUGGUAACAGCAUGGUGGUGUUGGUCAUCUACCGCUACAUGAAGUUGAAGACAGUUGCAAACGUAUUUGUGGUCAAUCUAGCUGUAUCAGAUCUCACCUUCCUUAUAACGCUGCCAAUGUGGGCCACUUUCACGGCAACGGGCUACCAUUGGCCCUUUGGUGGCAUCCUGUGCAAAGCAAGCGCCGGUUUGGUCAUCUUCAAUCUCUACACCAGUAUAUUUUUCCUCACAGCUCUUAGUAUUGACAGAUAUCUUGCUAUCGUACACCCAGUGCGUUCCAGACGCCAGCGCACACUCCUUUAUGCUCGCCUCACUUGUGUACUCAUUUGGGUCUUCGCUUUGCUUCUAAGUUUGCCCACGGCACUAAGCAGGGAUGUGUAUGACAUUGGAAACUCUACAGUGUGUGCUGUUUGGCACGGGAGUGAGCAGAUCAACUUGCUAGUUACCCUUAGCAUGCUAAAAAGUGUGUUAGGCUUCUUUGUGCCUUUCCUUGUCAUCAUAACAUGCUAUUGCCUCAUUGGUCGGACCUUGCUAGGAUCCCGAGGUCUGCUGAGGAAAAGUGUCCGCUCUCGGGAAGAGGAAACACUACGGAUGCUAGCUGCUGCGGUGUUAGCUUUCUUUGUUUGCUGGGCACCUCACCAGGUUUUCCACUUCAUUGAGCUUCUGGCCAUGCUCGGUGUGAUAAAAAACUGCCAAACACUGGAUGUUAUUGACACAGCUAUGCCAUUUACAAUCUGCAUCUCAUACUUGAACAGUUGUGUCAACCCCAUUCUCUAUAGCUUUGUUGGACAAAACUUCCGCAAGAACCUGCUGAGGUUGCUAGGCUGUGAGUCUGGUCCAACUGGUGGUAACCUUAGCAUCAGCUUAAAGAAUGUGCAAUCCCAUUGUACCGCUGGAUUAAUUAACACAAGAAGGACUACAUCUACUAUUAAAACAUAGCUAAAAGUCUCUAUUGAUCUCUAUGAGGGGUUUCUUUUUUAAAAUGUCCCAUAUCAAAGCUGCUAAAUGUCCUCCACAGUAAGAUGGUGAAAGCCCCCCACCCCACAGUCAGACAGCGAAAAGCUUGAGGUGGACCUGUCCUGUAUUAAAGUCAUCAAGCGUCCCGUUUACGCAUUGGCGUAGCCAAAGGUGGACUAUGGCUACCCAAAUUAGACCCAGACCCACCCAGAAUAUUUGAGAUUAUUCUUUUAUCUAAAAUAUAUAUUUAUAAAAUAGGUUUAAAAAAUGCAUAAAUUCUGAUUUCUGAAAGUGUGAAAGAACUGACUGAAUGUGCCACUUCUCUGUUGUUAAGGAAAAUUUGCUAAAAAAAAAAAAAAAAAAAAAAAAGGGGUUAAAACUUGGCCUAUUAAUUUUUAUUGAGGCCCACCCAAAAUUAAUUUCCUGCCUAUGCCCAUUUGUAUACGUGUGGCAAAGAUUUGACAAUCCUACAAUAAGGCAAGGUACUACAAGAUGUUUUUAUUUUCUUUAGGUCCAUCAUGAGGUGUUCACACAUAUUGCAAUUGUUUCACUAGAGGUCACAGAGGGGCUGUAUUGUUGGAUACAUUGGGCGUUUCUACAGCUGGGCUGCACAGCUGGCCAUAGUUUUGAAAAUCUGAUCACAAAUGGGAUGCAUUGAUGGUAAAAAUAAACUAAAAUUUUUAUUUGACCUGUUUAAAUUAGGUAAGAACUCAAAACUGUCAGUGGCCAGUAAGAGGUUAUUUUUUGUCUCACAAGUGGAAUUUAUGUGGUCCAAGCAGUUUGGAAAAGUGGAGAAAAUACCAAAAUUGGCAAAUUUGAAAGAACAUAUCUCUCAGAUGCAAAGUAAAUUCAUCACGAGUACUCUUGUUGUUGUAGGUAUUCUACAAAGGACAAAAGUCCUCAAAUAUCUCAAAAUGUUUAUAAGAUAUAAGCCAAUUCAUUUUUUUUUUCUUUUUUUUUUUUUUGGCUGUGGCCCAAUUCACUUAUCAACCUAAAUCUUCUGAACUGUUUAACAAAUGACAUACUUUUGAAAUAAUGCAUUUAUAUAUAUAUAUAAAUAUAUAUAUAAAUAUUUUAUAUAUAUUUAUAUAUAUAUAUAUAUAUAUAUAUAUA